GGUAUAGCUUAUAAAUUCGCUUAGGUAAUGUAAACUGCCAGCCGACACUAACGAAGGACCACGCAAUAUACCUAGGUGAAGACAUGAAAAAAGCAAACAUGGAAAACUCUAGUUUUGUUCAAUGAACAUACACAAAUAAUAUAUUCUUAUACAAAUAAAUGAACAUUACAAAAAGAAGUCUUUAAUGGAGAAGACCGGUGUCAGGUUCGUCAAUAUGUUUAAAAACAAUGAUGUGUUUCCUGGAUUUGUGGUCUGGAUUAAUCAGACUAUUCAAGAGCCUCUCAAGGUUAAACAGUCAUUAACAUCUCAAGAAGCUUAAUCAAAUACAGAACUUCAAGAGAGAUUAGUUGGAUCAUGCUUUAUGUGCUAUGUUAUUGUUGUUAUAGGCUGAGUUCAAGAGAGAUUAAAGAAUGUCAAAGAGCACAGCUUGGUUAAGACUCUUGAGACAGAGAUAGAGACUACUCAUGAUCAGAAUAGAGACGAGGAGAAGUUAGAGAAGCAAUUACAAGCUUGGAGAAAUAAUCCUUCAUGGAUUGAUCAACCUCCUAAGGUUCAGGUGUCUACAUUGCAUAUAUUUGUUCAUUUGUAUGCAUUAAGGGUUGGAUUGCACACUUGAAAAGUUUGGGGAAAAUCGCAAGGUUAUACUUGCAAAUUACAGAGUUUGUGGCCAGUUUGAGAACCAUCAAGAGUCAGGGGAUCAUUCUGCAAAUUCGAGAGUCUAAGUUGCACAAUUAAGAAGUCUGGGGCUGAUUCGUGAGGACAUAAGUUUUAUUUCAAGAGUUUUGGGUCAAUUCGUAAUUAUUCAACAACUGAAGGACCAGCUGUGCAAUAACUUCAAAGUUCACCAUUGGAGAGACCGUGAGCUUUCUCUUCGCCGAUCUGGAGCCCGACGACGACGGAGACGAGCGGAGAUGGCUUGAACUUGAGAUUCAGAAGCUGAAGAGAUGUGGCCGUGAGGAAAGCUGGUCGUUCUGGAUUUGAAGCUCAGUCACGACGGAGAUGGAGCUUCCAUGGCGGACUCAUGUCGAGGAAGAAGCUUGGUCAUGAGCUGAGAUAGCUCAGAUUGAAGACGCGGCGAAUCAGUACCUUGGCACGGAGAGCUCGUGGGUUGGAGGCACGAAUCAAACCACGACGAGGAAGUUGAUUCACAGCGGUUGGUUGUUGCGGGGAAGAGACGUCGCUGGAAACAGAGUGGUUCAAUGUUGCGGGUUGGUAAGGUCGCUCCUAUUGUCACAAGCUCGGGAGCGGAUUGAUGCUAGCGAGGAGAAUAAACAGCGCGCGGUACUUGGAAAAAAUCGUAAGCUUCAGAGCGGCUUGGCGAAACGUGUUGAUGAACCCGCACGGCAAAUUCCACAUCCAAGAUCAAUCAUCAGAGCGGAUUGGUGGAGCGGGACGCUAAAGCCGCUACAGGCACGAUUUUGAGAUGUUAACCGGUUUAUUCCGGUUUGACCUGGUUUACUUCAACUGAACCAGGACGAAUUUGGACCUCUUAUAAAUAGUUUUAGCCUCCAAAAACCCUAAUAUAUCUCAUUUUCUCUCAAGACUUUGUCUAAACUUGUAAAAUUGAAUUUUUUGAUAAUCUAAGGAAGUACUUCAUCUUAUAUUUUUGUUUCUCUUGCUCAUUAACAUGAUUAGCCUUGAUCUUUACAUGGGUUUAAGGUUUCUCAUGGAGAUUAGUGAGUAGUGACCUUCUGAUUCAUGGGUUAGAUAGAUUAGGGUGAUUAGGUGGAUAUUUAAGAUGUUUAUUGCUUGAUUAACAUUGUUCUAUGUUUGCUAAGUGUUCUUAAUGCUAGAUUAGACAUGAUCACUCUCAUCUAGACCUUAAGUUAUUUUACACCUGGAAGGUGUUUGUUAAAAUGCUUGAAUGAACUUAGUAUUGUCUUUUACAUACUUGGCCAACGGCAGUUGAUAUCCGAGGUGUUUAAGUGGUUAGUAGACUUGUGAUUUAUGCAUGCUUGAAUGUGUUAGCCAACGGGAGUUGAUGUUUGAUGCAUGACUAGCAUAGGGAUUAUUAUCACGGGAGUGGAUUAAUCUAUUUUUAAUGAGAUCUAGACCUAUAGACUUGUUGAUUGUUUUGUUUGAACAUCCUAGAUUGAACCUUGAUCACUUUAUAUCAAUUAUCUUUGCCCAUGGAUCCAUCCUUAGCAUAUGAUUGAAAGUUCUUGCACAUAUUUUUUGAUUGGAUUUGAGCACCUUGUUUAUAUUCUUAGGACAUUAGCUUGUUACAAAAUCAUCCAUAUUCUUGUUUGCUUAGAUUAUGGAAGCUUGUGUAUUUUUGGUGUUGUAGAUCAUUAAUUCCUUGUGGAUUCGAUCCUAAAAUGCUACAAUGACAUACCAUUCGAUUGUGGUAUUGUUGGCACAUAAGGUUAAUUGGUGUGUGCUUACACGCGUAAUCAAUUUGGCGCCGUUGCCGGAGAACUAAGUAGAUUUGUCAUUAGAAUUUCAUACUUUCUUGAGAUUAAGCUUUAUUUUCUUAUGCUUUGUUUUGGUGGGCUAAACUUUAAUAGAAAAUGGGUGUAUUCCCUGGAUUUGGUAGCUGGAUCAGUAAGAAUAGUCAACAGCCUCUUAAGGCCAAGUCAAAAGGAUCUGAAAAUGUCGAAUCUAAGUUGGUGUCAGAGAAAGACACUAAUAGUAAUGCUCUUGCUAACAAGAAGAAGAAUAGGAAAGAACACUAUGAUGAAAAAGAGGAGAGGAUACAACAUAUACUUUGGCAUGAAGAAGAGAAGAAGCAUCCUUGGAAAAAUCCCCCUCCCAAGGUCAAGGUAACAACUAAGAAGGGUGUUUACCAUAUGAACUUAGAAAUGACCAUAGGAGCGGCGCCUGAAUUAACCUACUUAUGGUUGAUUGAUUCAUGGGGCAGUCAUUUUUAUGAUGAGAAGAAGCGGCGAGACCUUAUGAAAAACAUAUCAAUAAAGGUUUUAACGGAGGAUGGUCCGAGGCGGGUCAUCAAGGUCGAGAAAGCUGUGGUUUAUGACUUCUUUUCGCUGACUUCUAUUCCUAUCCCGUUACAUCUAAUUGUUGAAGAAAACGAAAAAGAUCUUACGGGAAAAUAUAAGAAAGAGAAAGUAAUGUUGAUGAAAGUGUUCGAGGGCAACUAUAAACUGGAGCCUGUAUAUGUAGAUCAGGAACGGUUGUGUAAAAAGAGGUUACCAAAAAGUCAAGAAGAAUAUAAAAAAUGCAGUGGUGGCCAAGGAAAGAUUGCGACAAAAUUGAUCAUAAACCAAUACUUUGAGCCAUAUCCUCCAUUUAAUCUACCGCCGCUUUCUUGGUACAUCCGUGGGAACACCAUCAAAACCUCCAAAAAUUUGCUCAAUGCACUUCAGGACACGGCUAAGAUUAUAAGAAGUACGAAAGGUUGAGUUGAGCUGCCUGAAGAAUAUGCCAGAUUGAGACGUCAAAUGAGACUUUGUUAGUUUUAUAUUUUAUUAGUGUUUAUAAAAAAAAAAUUAGAUGAAGUUUUUAUAGUUAAAAUAAUAUUUGUUAGUAAUUUUCAGUUAUAACACUUUUUUUGAAAAAGUCAGUUAUAAUACUUUCAGGACAUUAUGUUUGAAUUUGAAAACUUCUUUAAAAGAUCGUACAUUCGAUCGUAUGCAUUC